CGUAACUAACAAGCGUAUAAAAAGUUUUUUUUCCCCUUUCCUCCAGAUGAAUGGAUUUAGAUGAGAAAUCAAGAUGACUGCUGCGUCCUGUAAACUGGAGGACGGACAGAGAUAUGCGACCAAAUGUUUCCCUGCUCGGUCACUGCUCCAUAGAAGGAAGGACGGUGGUGGACACUGGCUGGUGGCUUACAGCAAAGCAGAGGAGCAGAGUUACAGUCACGUGCACAGACGGAUUAAAGACACUUAUAAAGAACAUGUGAACACUGCAGUGACUGACGCUCCUCACGGUCACACGUUAAACGGACCGUUCCUCCUGCGGUUACAUUGUGUGAAUAAACCCUCUGAGCUGUGCACCGUUCACAUCAGUGAACAGGAGCUGGAUUCUGUGAAGCCUGAAGAUCUCAAGAUGUUCGAUAGCGUAGCUUACAUCGAUGCCUCCGUCAACCUCCUGUCUUUAGGGUCUUUCAGCAGUUUCGUGUCUUUACGAGAACUCAAUCUGUCUGUAAACAGGAUUCACAACAUGACGUUUGAUGCCUCUGACUUCCCUCAUCUCCAGGUUUUGGAUUUGUCCUACAACAGUUUGUCAGCUGAUGAUUUUGUUUCCGCUGGACGUCUUCCUCGUCUUAAAGUGCUUCAUCUGACUGGAAAUCAGCUUCAUCAUCUUCCACCUGAUCUGGUAUCAACUCAGCUGUCAGCUGCAGAAGAAGACUCACAGUUCAAAGCUCUGGAAGUUCUGAUGCUUGAUGACAACAAACUUUCCUCUGGAGUCUUCAACAGUCUCAGAAACCUGAAAAGGUUAAAGUAUUUAAAUCUACAGGGGAACCGCAUUUCUGAAAUCCCAUACGUCCAUCCAACGGGGUCUUUAGAACCUGCAUCCAUUUCUGAAAAGGAACCCGGGGAAGACGAACCUGCUCACACUGAGCCAGACCCUAACAAGGAUGAAUCUGUCAAGAGAAUCUCGCAGGAAAACCUGGAGGAGCUCUGCAAGGGAUCCAGUUUACCACUGCCAGAGCUUCAGUUCCUCAAUUUAUCUGACAACAAAAUUUCAGAGGAGGAAGCACUGAUGGCAGCCGCUUUAUUCCCCAUGCUGCGUGAAAUCGAUAUUCACUCCAACCCCCUGACCACACACAGAAGUGGAGAUCCUCCCUUACUGACCUACUACCUCCAGGAGAGACUGGGGAUAACACUUAAGCGUAAAGAGACACGCAAAGCUGAGAAGAUGCCGUUGAAAUUGUCCACUGAUCCAAAAUGGAAGGUGGAAGAAAGAAUCCCAAAGGCGUCAAAGAAACACUUUCUGAUGGACGAGGAAACUGUAAAGAAAACGCCGGAGUGUGAGGGGAAGAACAACGAAGACGGCCCCUUCACAGGAAACACUGACUUCUUUGUCACUCAGGCAGCAGACGUUUCUGAAUCUGAUGAAAAAGAGACGACAGAGCACGAGGACGCCGCCGUUCCUGAAAAAUUCCUCCAUUGCCAAACGUUGAUGGACGCGAAACCAAACCCCGGUGUGGUGGAGCCCGUUGGAAUUCAAACAGCUGUUCGGAUGCUGGAACACACACUGAAGACUCUCAAUGUUUACGGAGACUCAAAACCAAAAUCUGAUAGCAUCCAGAUGCCACACAGAGAGAAAGAGAGAAAGAUAAAAGAUCUUCCACCUCUGAGACCGGCGAAGCAGCCGGCAGAGAGGGUGGAUGAAAUGCUCAAGGAAAUCAGAGAGAGUACAACGAUAAGAGAACUCGCCCUGAGCGAUGCCAUACACGGCACACGUGUGAACAAGCAAGAACAUAAGGAGGUUAUAUCCCUGCUGAGGGACAUGGAGACAAAGUACAAGAUGCUGCACAAGAAAAGCAUUGAACAACUAGCCAGUGUUGAGUCUGACAGAAACAAAGACCUUCAUGAAGCUCCACCUCCGCCUGGUCAGACGAUCUAAUUCAUGUUUAGAUGUUUAGAUGCACUUUUCUUCCUGCUUUGCUGAUGGCGGUGUAGACCUGGUGUGUGAGGAACUGAAAUCUCCAUCUCAUUAAUACUAUGACAGGCAUGUAGCAUGUAAAAUGUUUAAAAACCAUCUGGAAAAUAUUUAUACUCUGCCAGAUAAAGGUAGUCAAUAGAUUAACUAUCUCAUAUCUCCUGGUUUGUUAUUAGGUAUUUGGCUUCAUAGGUAUCGGACAUAUAUAACGAAUGAUUCAUAUAUGUUCGUCAUUAUUUCAUUUCCAUCAGGCAGGAGCCAGAGCAAUGAGUCGAGCAGUUGUUUGUCAUUUGUGAGCAGACCUCAGCAGCUCAGUGAGAUUUACAGCUCACACGAUCAUGUCUUAUUACAGCACUGGUUGAUCUGUUAUACAUGACGUUCCAACAAGCUCAAUGUUUCUUUUUUCAUUUGGAGUCAUGUUUCAAUGUUUGUUUUCGUUGUUCAUUCCUCGUUUGAUUUCAUGCCUCGGUCCUUCAUAUGAUUCCAAUUAUUUGUCUUCGGCGCCGCUCGCAGAUGUGGAAUGCGAGUUCAGCCCAGGUGAAAUAAAUCAAUAGGUGCCGUGAAGAUGCUGUCAUGCGCUAUUCCACUUUAUUAUGGUAAA